AUGGAGGGUUCGAUGUUGGAGGAGAUGGAAAAUAUGGCCGGGGAUGGAAAAUAUGGCCGGCUGUGUUUCUUUGCGCCAGAGGUGCCGAAUGCUGGUGUAGGAAAGAAGGUGAAGUCGAAGAGGAAGGUGAUGUCAACCAUGGAGGGGAAGGCGGGUACUACCGGGAAUGAUUGGAAGCGUUUUAAGCCCGGAUCGCCGAUCAUCUCGGGUGCGGAGGCUGUUGGAAAAAUUGUGAGUGGAAAUGUUUUGCAGACGGGCAGUGAGGUUGAUGUGCAUGUGCAUAGCCGUCCGCGUAAUAGGAGGCGCUUGGCUAGUGGUGGAGGUGGGGAAGGUUGCAUCUCCAAGAUGAAGGAGGUGGCUGAACGUGUCGGUGAUACUCCACCUGUGGUGGAGAAUGCUGAUACGCCUCCUCUGGAUAGUUUGGAGGUGGACUUUACAUACAUAUAUAUAUCAACAAUAAAAAUGUUUCCUAUAUCAUUGAAAACGUUGAGUGACCAGGAAAGACACAAUUACAUAUUGCAAACCUUUAUUUUAAAUAAUAAAAGUUUUUCCGAGCAGCGGAAGCAUAAACGCGAUAUUGAUGUUAUAAGAGAACAUCACCGAUUUUUAUGGCAUGAAGAAGCAGUUAAUGAUUCGUGGGAAGUGCGACUUGCCAAACGAUACUAUGACAAAUUGUUCAAAGAAUAUUGUAUAGCGGAUCUCACGAGAUACAAAGAGAACAAAAUUGCUUUACGAUGGCGUACCGAGGCUGAAGUUGUAGCUGGUAUUGGCCAAUUUCAAUGUGGCAGUCGAAAAUGUUUGGAAAAGGAUAAUCUUCGCAGCUGGGAGGUUAAUUUUGCAUAUAAAGAACAGGGGGAAAUAAAAAAUGCUUUGAUAAAAUUAAGAUUAUGUCCGGGGCAUUCAGAACAGCUGAACUACACGUCAAAGAAACGAGAGGUGAAACGGCUUAAACAUGUAGAACGCCAAAAAGCAAAGGAAGAAAAGCGUAACCAGAAGAAAUCUUCGAAGCCCGAUAAAAAUCACACAAUUGCUAACGAGGACCAACAAGAUUUGUCUAACGAUGUCAAUAAAGAUUGCGAUGUGAUGUCAACGUGCCCUGUCGUUGAAAGUAAUGAACAAGAAGAGGAAGUUGUGGAAGAAUCUGAUGAAAUAUGGAAUAGAAACACUAUCAAUGAUGUUGAUCCCGUCUCCAGGGAGAGCGAAUUUGAACGAUACCUUGAAGAUCUUCUACUUUAA